AUGCUUCUUUCUUUUUUUUUUUUUUCUUUCAUUUCUUUUUUACUUUUCGUUCUUUUCUUUUUUUCUCUUUUUUCUUUUUCUUUACUUUCUUUUUUUCUUUUCUUUUUCCCUUUUCGUUCUUUUCUUUUUUAUCUUUUUUCUCCUUUUCAUUUCUCCUCUUUUUACUUUUCUUUCUUUUCUUUUUUCCUUUUCGUGUUUUUCUUUUUCCUUUUCGUUCUUUUGUUUUUUUCUUUUUUCCUCUUUUUCCUUUUCUUCUUCCCUUUUCGUUCUUUUUUCCUUUUCGUUCUUUUCUUUUUUUAUCUUUUUCUUUUUCCUCUUUUUCUUUUAUUUCUUUCCUUUUUUCCCUUUCUUCUUCCCUUUUCGUACUUUUCUUUUUUCCUUUUCGUUCUUUUCUUUUUUAUCUUUUUUCUCCUUUUCAUUUCUCCUCUUUUUCCUUUUCUUUCUUUUCUUUUUUCUUUUUCGUUUUUUUCUUUUUCCUCUUUUUCCUUUUCGUUCUUUUCUUUUUUCCUCUUUUUUCCUUUUCUUCUUCCCUUUUCGUUCUUUUUUUCCUUUUCGUUCUUUUCUUUUUUUAUCGUUUUCUUUUUCCUCUUUUUCUUUUAUUUCUUUCCUUUUUUCGUUUUCUUCUUCCCUUUUCGUUCUUUUCUUUUCCUUUUUUUCCUUUUCUUUUCUCCUCUUUUUCCUUUUCUUUAUUUUCUUUUUCUUUUCUUUCUUUUCUUUUUUCCUUUUCUUUCUUUCCUUUUUUACUCUUUUUUCUUUUCUUUCUUAACUUUUUCCCUCUUUUUCCCCUUUUCUUUUUUCUUUUCCUUUUCUUUUUGUUUUUUUUCCCGCUGUACAGAUUUUUAG